AUGGAAGUCUCUGAGAAUGAAAGUGUUGACUAUUGUAAAGUCAAUUUAGAAGCAGAAUCUUCAAAAUACCAUUCAAUUGCUUCAUCAAGCAGGCAAAAUAAUUCUGCAUUUUCACUAACCUUAGAUGAAUUUCAAAGCAAGAAGGGAAGAAAUUAUGGGUCUAUGAAUUUAGAUGACCUACUAAAUAAUUUUUGGGACAAUGAAGGAAAUCAAGUUACUCCCAAUUCAAAUCAAGAUAUUCCUACAAAAGAAGGACAAAAUUCAAGGUAUGAUUUCCUUAGCCACUCAAAGUGUGCUGAAAAUGGCAAAGGAGAUGCUGAUUCUUCUUCAACACAUCAUCAAAUCUUUGAACAAGUUAAUGGCUGUUUCAUUAAUGGCCACCAGAUUUCUGAUCAAAUCACUACAACAAAUAAAGAAAAUAAUGAUAAAUCCAACAGUGCAUCAGAUGUUAGUGAACCAAUUGGCAAUAGCAGAAGAAGAUCAUCAAGUGUUUCAUUAGAAGCAACAGUAAUGGAAAAGAGACAACGUCGAAUGAUUAAGAACAGAGAAUCUGCUGCACGAUCUAGAGCUAGAAAGCAGGUAACAAAUUUUUCAUCUUAA